CCAUUUGAAUCGUGCUUUGUCAUAUUCUGAUGUUACUGAUGAUGCCCUCGACGAAAUGAUCAGAGAUAUUACGGCUGGAAAUGACCAGCUUGGAUCUGAUGCUGUCAGAGCACAGUUACAUGCAGCUGGAGUUCGGGUGCAGAGACACAAAGUCAGAAGGAGUUUAGCUUGAAUCAACCCUCGGGCGGCUGCACUAAGGGCAAUGUCUCAAAGACCACAAAGACGAUUAUACAGAGUUGCUGGACCAAACUCCCUGUGGCACCUUGAUGGCAACCAUAAAUUGAUAAGAUGGAGAAUUGUCAUUCAUGGUGGUAUAGAUGGGUACAGUCGUCUUGUAGUUUUUCUCUGUGCCUCAAACAACAACCGCAGCAGCACUGUGUUGGAUAGCUUUGUUAAUGCUGUGGCCAGGUAUGGAGUUCCUUCUAGGGUCAGAACAGAUCAUGGUGGAGAAAACAAUGCUGUCUGUCUGUUGAUGAACAUUUUCAGGGGUCUAGAAAGAGGCAGUGCUAUCAGAGGCAGGAGCACUCACAACCAACGGAUUGAGAGGCUCUGGGGUGACAUGUGGCGGGGAUUAACCAACGUUUACUAUAACCUCUUCAACUUCCUGGAGAGUGAAGGUAUAGUGGACAUAGACAAUGAAAUGCACCUAUGGGCUCUUCAUUAUGUCUACUUGCCAAGGAUCAACAGGGACUUGACUGCCUUCACCCAACAAUGGAACAACCAUGGGUUAAGAACUGAAAGGCAUCAGACACCAAUGCAGAUUUUUUUCAGAGGCUGCUUGGAGCAACAAGGACAGCAAUGCGUGACAUUUUUCCCAGAACAACCCAGCCAGCACAUGAAACUGAUGCAGAACCUCAACAAAGAGAAAACCUAUCAGUAAUGAUUGACUGGCCAGAGAGAGUAGCAGUACCACAAAAUCACUUCACUUUGGACAAUGCAACCCUGGAACAACUUCAUGCACAAUUUGAUCCACUUGGUGGUGCACAAGGUGAACUUGGACUGGACAUCAUUCGUAAUGUUUUGUCUUUUUUGACAUCUCGUCUGACAUAGGGAAUAGCAAAGGACUACUUCAUCACAGAAUGAAACUAUGGUUGAUUUUCAUUACAAACUUUUCAUUUCAUUGCUAAAAAACGACAUUGUUUUGUGUAUUUUUGUAUAUUAUAAUGUGUUUUUGUGAUUUUUGGUUAAAAACACAUUAUUUUCCACAUACCAUACAUUUUUGUAGCUCCAGAUUUCACUCCCUUUUUAAAACGCACGGAUUUGAAAAGCUGUGUCUUUGAUUGGCCAGCUAAUCUUUACAUUGUGAUUGCUCUGAAUACCUCUGAUGUCAGCCGGUUUGAAAGAUGCAGUGCUAACAGGAGUUAAUUUACAGGCUGUCUGUCAAAGAAGGAAUUAUGAUAAUGUCUGUCUUUACUACAUCACCAAUCCCAGGAAGUAAACUGCUGCCUACAAUCCAUCUGUUUGUUUUAUUUCAAGAUAAGAAAUGUACAUUGGUGAUGAUAACUCGCGUCAUUGUUUACUUUGGGGUUUGUACCUUUUGCAUAUCAUUAACAUUUACUAAAACGCACUUACACACCAAAGGAAAUAAAAACGUCAAUCGGACAAUAGGUGCUCUCUAAGUUAAACACAAUGCAGCAGCUAAUGUGUUCAGUACAGUAACUAAACAGCAAAGUUGUUUAAAAUAAAUCUUAUUCAUUUGAAAGUUCAUUGUGCUCUUUUGCAGUCUUUGUUAAUAUUUGAUGUGUACACUGUCAUAGAUAUCAGCUGUCAUGCUUUCCUAUAUCUAUAGCAGA